GUUAUCAGUGGCCAUUUGGGAUGGGUACGAUGCAUCACAGUGGAACCAGGUAAUCAGUGGUUUGUUACAGGCUCCGCUGACCGGACUAUUAAGAUCUGGGAUUUAGCAAGUGGGAAGUUGAAGCUGUCUUUGACUGGGCACAUUAGCACAGUGAGAGGAGUGAUUAUCAGUUCACGAAGCCCCUACCUUUUCUCCUGUGGAGAGGACAAGCAAGUAAAAUGCUGGGAUUUGGAGUAUAACAAGGUUAUACGGCAUUACCAUGGUCACCUUAGUGCUGUAUAUGAUCUGGAUUUGCAUCCCACAGUUGAUGUAUUGCUGACAUGUAGCAGAGAUUCAACUGCCCGUGUUUGGGACAUCAGAACAAAAGCUAGUGUCCAUACACUAAGCGGGCAUACAAAUGCAGUGGCAACAGUAAAAUGUCAAGCUGCAGAACCACAGGUUAUCACAGGAAGCCACGAUUCUACAAUCCGUCUGUGGGACUUGGUAGGUGGAAAAACCAGAGCAACUCUAACAAAUCACAAGAAGUCAGUUCGAUCUCUUGUUCUCCAUCCAACACAAUAUACAUUUGCCUCUGGAUCUCCGGAUAACAUCAAGCAAUGGAAAUUUCCAGAUGGAAGCUUUAUUCAAAACCUUGCUGGGCACAAUGCAAUUAUCAAUACACUUGCUGUCAAUUCUGAUGGAGUACUAGUAUCUGGAGCUGAUAAUGGUACAAUGCAUCUCUGGGACUGGAGAACCGGCUACAAUUUCCAGCGAAUUCAUGCAGCUGUACAGCCUGGCUCCUUGGACAGUGAAUCUGGUAUCUUUGCAUGUACAUUUGACAAAUCAGAGAGCAGAAUGCUCACAGCAGAAGCAGAUAAAACCAUCAAAGUGUAUAAAGAAGACGAGACAGCAUCAGAAGAAACCCACCCUGUCAACUGGAAACCAGAGAUUCUCAAGAGGAAGCGAUUCUAAUGGAUUUAACCCUACAAGUUCACUUUAUUUUGUGCCAGAUAUAUUUUUAUUUCAACUAUUCCAUUACCCAAUGAGUGCUUAGGUCUUUGUUUUAACUUUGUCCCUUGUUCUGUGUACUGUUGUACAUUUGCAGUAAAUUUUAUUUAUGAUUUCUAAAGAGA